AUGAUAGAUGUUUCUGUAUUUUCAAACUCAAUUUCUAUACCAGUUGAUCAAAUUGGCUGGCUGUCAUUCAAAUUUGAUUCUACAUAUCGAAUUCAACUAACUGGAAUACUUAGUGCGGAUGAAUUUCAAGAAUCAAUGAAAAAAAUCAAUCAGACAUUCAUUCCAAUGAAUAAUUUUAUGAUCAUUUCUCGAAUAACCUUUUUUCUGGGUCUACUAGGUGGAUUCAUAUGUUUAGUGACCUCAGUAACAAGAGCAGAUACAUCUGCUUCAUUUAAGGUUGAUGUACUAUUUGGCUUUGGCAUUGCUCUGUUUAUUCUAUCUUUUAUAUCAGCUAUUCUUUCAAUUUGUAUUAUGCCUAUCAGUCUCGAACGAACACGAGAAGUAGUUGCUAAAGAAUCACUGAACUAUUAUUCAAGAUUACCGACAUCAUGCAAUUGGAGAUUGAAAGACGGGACCGGAAACGAUUGGCCAUGUUCUAGUAAUCAAAUACUACGCUAUCAUAUAGUGAUUGAUAUUGGUCCUUCUGUUUCUCCCGUACAUAAUAAUCCAAUCGAUUAUUAUUCAAAUCCAAAUGUUGCCAUACUCGAAAUGUCUUUUGAACGAGAUGAUGUUGGUGAUCUUCCACCAUAUCCUGAUUCCAAUACAAGAUUUUGCUCUCAAUGUAGUUUACCACGACGUGAUUCAACAGCUAAAUUUUGUUCAUCAUGUGGACAAUCAUUUGAUGAAUACUAA